AUGGACCCUUUAGAUACCCCCCAGACGCUAUCGUCACUACUAGAAGCCACUGAGAAGCAACGAACCGAUCUCGAGUCGCGCGCAGACGCUACCUCUGCCGCCUAUGCCGCCGAUGUCGAAUCCACCAUCGCCCUGCAUCAACAACUUCUCGAAACCCUCGCUGCUGCUUCAGUAUUCUCCGUCAACGAGACGCUCGAUGAUGUUGCCACGUCCGAACUGCCCUAUAUGCUCACCGCAUAUCACAUGGCUGAGCUGAUGGAGCGCGCGCCCGGGCACAACAAGCCCAGCGAACGGGUGCAGCACCUGAAGAAGACGAAGAGGAUAUACGACCUGUUCCUCAACCUCGUCGAAUCAUACGGCCUCGUCGAACCACCUUACAACAAACUCCUAGACAGAUACCGCGAAGAGGACGAUGAGUUUGGGGUGGUGCCGCGGGGCAUGGACAUGUCUGCCAAGCGCAACACAAAGAUCGCCGCCUUCAAGGCCGAGAAGCAGCUCAAGACAAAGCUCGAGGCGCUGCGCAAGAACCCACGCUAUCUGCAGAACGGAGAUGAGGAGGUCAUCAGGGAGGUCUACCUGACCAACGUGGCGUACCGGCUACACAAGACAUUCCACGCGCUGGACUCGAUCAAUAGGGAAAUUGACAUGUUGAAGGCGGUGCCCGACCAGCCAGAGCAGCGGCUGAAGGAGAUAGAAGAGCGUGACGACGACACGAGGCUCGACGGACCCAUGCGCAUGAAGCCAGGCACGGGGGGGCCGUUGCUGUCGAAAGCUGGGAAACCGCUGCAGCCGUUCACGCUGCUGGGCGCCAACGCGAGGGGGGAGCGCACAAAGGGCGUCUUCCGCUCGGGCCACAACCUGCCCACCAUGACGAUUGAUGAGUAUCUCGAGGAGGAGAGACGGCAAGGCAACAUCAUCGAGGGCGGGGAGGAGCCGAAGAAGGUCAUUGAUGAGGAUGACUACGAGGCGAUGGAGAGGGAAAUGUACAAGGCCAGAGACUGGGACGAGUUCAAGGACAACAACCCCAAAGGCUCGGGAAAUACGAUGAACAUGGGCUGA